GCUUCUGUCUGCAAGAAGCUGGGAAUGGGCGAUAGGGGAUGGAUCACUUGAUGAUUACCUGUUCUUUUCAUUCCUCUUGGGGCACCUGGCAUUGGCCAGUGUCUGAAGGCAGGGUUGAGUUUUUAUUAUGGUGAACUUCAAAAAUCAGUCAAGUUCCCAGCAUGGGGAGUUUUUAUUAUGAAAUGAAAGUUACAGCUGUUUGAAGUUUAGAAAUGAAAGUUUUAGAAAUGAAAGUUACAGCUGUUUUAAGAGGAUAACUUCCUCUGUGGUCUAGCAAAAGCUGAGACCAUCUUCAGCCAUUCUCUUGUGCACGCACACAUCCAGGACCUAAUGAAUUCAAAUGGCAGGCUUACAUUUCUCUGCCUGCAGGGCACAAACGUACGAGAACUGGGUGGAACUGACCUGUCCUUUCAACGGAUCUGUCCUGGUUUUUGAAGAACUGAACUAAUGUCCCGUCAGUUAUUAAUAAUCGCCAAUUAUUACUUACGCUGCGUGUUACCGCAACAUCCGGGACACCAUUGUGUUAGGCACGGUACAAACACAGAGCACAAAGGCUGUUUCUGGCUAGACAUGUAACCUAGCCGUAAAGGAAGACUGGGUGGUAGAAGUACCAGUUAUCUUGGAAGGGAAAUAUCCCACCCACUCCUUGGCACAGGUUGAAAAAUCUAGUGAGGCUGACUCAACCCUCCACCUUUCCAAGAUGCUUCCCUCUGGGCUCUGGCUGUAGGAUGUUGGAGAAUCAAGAGCAAGAAGAGCUGACCACGGUGCGGGUUCAGGACCCUCGGCUCCAGAACGAAGGCUCCUGGAAUUCCUAUGUGGAUUAUAAAAUCUUCCUCCAUACCAGCAGCAAGGCCUUUACUGCCAAGACCUCGUGCGUGCGCAGACGGUACCGUGAGUUCGUGUGGCUGAGGAAGCAGCUCCAGAAAAACGCUGGCUUAGUGCCCGUCCCGGAGCUGCCGGGGAAAUCCACCUUCUUUGCAGGCAGCACGGAUGAGUUCAUUGAGAAACGGAGACAGGGGCUCCAGCAGUUCCUGGAGAAGGUCGUGCAGAACGUGGUCCUCCUGUCAGACAGCCAGUUGCAUCUCUUCCUGCAGAGCCAGCUGUCGGUGCCAGAGAUCGAGGCGUGCGUGCAGGGCCAGAGCCCCCUGACCGUCACGGACGCCAUCCUCUGCUACGCCAUGUCAAACUGCGGCUGGGUGCAGGAAGAAGACGCCCGCCCUGCGCUCGUGGCGGGGGCAGAGCUCUACAGCAGCUGCGCUGGUCACGUUCGGAGCUGUCUGAAACCCCCUUCGCGCUGGAGCGACUUCGGCAUGGAAGACAACCACUCGGAUAGCCUGGAUUCUCCUACGGAGCAGCCGGGGACGAAGUAAGCAGCACAAACGAUCGUGUACACCCUGUCUGGGAGCAGCGGUUCUUGCUCUGCGGAGAGCCGAGGAUGGCAGCUGAGUGGCUCCCGUUGGUGCAGGAUUGGGACCCUGCAUGGCACGUGGGCCUCAGCCCCUCUACUCCUAGCAGCUUGUGACCACUUCCUGCCGCCUCUGGACGGUCCUCUGAUGAGGCAGGUGCUGUGUGAAUACACAACUGAGCUGUACGAAAACGGAACCAGUGCUUAGUAGAACCUAAGUUUGUUACUCCCCAGGGCUGUGUCAUGCUCUUGUGGGGGGAACGGUGUAUAUUAGGGAUGGGGGCUGCUUGAAAACAAAAGCCAGCUCCCUUGAUCUUGGCUUGAUUCUCUGUCACCUUGGAGCUGGGUCAUGGAGGCAGAUGCUCAUCGCUGCAGAGAUCCUCCAGGAGAGAUGUUGUCUGGAUCCCUAGGCCGAGCUGCCGUCCCUCCUUGCCCAGCGGCAGAUCAGUCAGCUGUCCCAGCAAUGCCCAGUGGAUUCUCGUUCCUAGAACUAGAAUUCGGUCUUCGUAGCAUUCCCCUCUGAAAAACCAACGGCCGCGUAGGCACGAGCGGCGCUGCUUUGCACGGCUGAGAGCCACAUUUAAACAGCGGCUGUGGGGCGGCCUCCCCUCAGCUGUGCUGAGCCGAAAGCCCACACGCUGGGUAUGGAUACCACCUCCACACCUGGGUCCUCCAGGCCGGGCUCGGCAUGCAGGCUGCGUGCAGCUGGAAUGAGCCAAUGACCUUUCCCUGGGGGCUCUAUAUUGCAGGGUUGAUUCCUCCAGUGUGGCGGGGCUGGGGGAAUGUGUUGUGGUGGGACAGUGAGGUCAGAAGGUUGGUUGUGUGGGACACCCCUCAAGCUGGGCUUCCCUGCAGGAGAACAAACCUUUUGGCUAGCCCAGACCUGCCUGAGCCUAACAGCCAACUGGAGCUAAAGAGGGCAAAGGGGAAGGGCAAAGGGUGGUGAUCCCUAUAGCCAGCCAUGAGGGAGCAGAACCGAAGAAAGAAUCCCUUAAUAAAGAAUGGGCAAUCCCACGCUGCAGCUACCACCAGGGCCUCUCUGCUUUCAACCCAUCAGGUCCAUCUACUCUGCUGCUCCCCGUGCCUUUCCACCAGCCCAUCCUCUGGCAUUGUCAUGGCUUGGAAGGCAGAGCUGAGGUGCUCUGGCCUGCAAUAAAUGUGAAGUGCAUGAGAA